AUGGAUGAGGAAAACAUGACGAAAAGCGAGGAACAGCAACCUCUGAGUUUGCAAAAAGCCUUGCAGCAGUGCGAGCUGGUUCAGAACAUGAUAGAGCUGAGCAUCUCCAACCUGGAAGGGCUUAGGACCAAGUGUGCAGCUUCCAACGACCUCACGCAGAAGGAGAUCAGGACCCUGGAGAGCAAGCUGGUCAAGUACUUCAGCCGACAGCUCUCCUGCAAGAAGAAGGUGGCCCUGCAGGAGCGCAAUGCUGAACUGGACGGCUUCCCCCAGCUCCGCCACUGGUUCCGGAUCGUCGAUGUGCGCAAGGAAGUCCUGGAGGAGAUCUCCCCUGACCAGCUGAGCUUGGAGGACCUCCUAGAGAUGACCGACGAGCAGGUGUGCGAGACGGUGAAGAAGUACGGAGCCAACCGGGAAGAGUGUGCCCGCCUCAACGCCUCGCUGUCCUGUCUCAGGAACGUGCACUCGUCAGGAGGGAACCUCUCCAAACAAGACUGGAUCAUCCAGUGGCCCACCGCGGAGCCAGGGCAGGAGAACAACCCCGUGUGCCCCCCGGAGCCCAGCCCGUGGAUCCGCACCCACCUCUCCCAGAGCCCCCGGGUCCAGUCCAAGUGUGUCCAGCACUUGUGUCACACCAGCCCUACGCCUGGAGCCCCCGUGUACACCCACGUGGACAGACUCACUGUGGAUGCCUACCAGGGCUUGUGCCCGCCGCCACCCCUGGAGUCAGGCCACCGCUCCCUGCCCCCAUCACCCCGGCAGCGGCACGCAGUUCGUACCCCACCACGCACCCCAAAUAUCGUCACCACCGUGACUCCACCUGGCACGCCGCCCAUGAGGAGAAAAAACAAGCUGAAGCCUCCGGGGACUCCACCACCCUCCUCCCGGAAGCUCAUCCACCUGCUUCCCGGCUUCACAGCGCUGCACAGGAGCAAAUCCCACGAGUUCCAGCUAGGGAACCGCGUAGACGAGGCCAACACACCCAAAGCCAAGAAGAAGAGCAAACCCUUGAACCUCAAGAUCCACAGUGGCGUCGGCAGCUGUGAGAACAUCCCCGCCCAGCAGCGAUCCCCGCUUCUGUCCGAGCGCUCCCUGCGGUCCUUCUUUGUGGGCCACGCACCCUUCCUGCCCUCCACCCCACCCGUCCACACUGAGGCCAAUUUCUCCGCAAACACUCUCUCUGUGCCGCGAUGGUCGCCGCAGAUCCCACGCAGAGACCUUGGCAACUCCAUCAAGCACAGGUUUUCCACCAAGUACUGGAUGUCUCAGACUUGCACCGUCUGCGGGAAAGGGAUGCUUUUUGGCCUCAAGUGUAAAAACUGCAAGUUAAAGUGCCACAACAAAUGCACCAAAGAAGCCCCGCCCUGUCAUCUCCUGAUCAUCCAUCGAGGAGACCCAGCAAGGUUAGUGCGAACAGAGUCUGUCCCCUGUGACAUCAACAACCCUGUCCGGAAGCCAGCCCGAUACUCAGAUCUACACAUCAGCCAGACGCUCCCCAAAACCAACAAAAUCAACAAGGACCACAUCCCUGUCCCCUACCAGCCAGACUCCAGCAGCAACCCUUCAUCCACGACGUCCUCCACGCCCUCCUCACCAGCACCCCCUCUCCCUCCCAGCGCCACGCCGCCUUCUCCCCUGCACCCUUCCCCACAGUGCACAAGACAGAAAAAGAACUUCAACCUGCCAGCUUCCCACUACUACAAAUAUAAGCAACAGUUCAUCUUCCCAGAUGUGGUGCCUGUACCGGAGACACCUACCCGGGCGCCCCAAGUCAUCCUGCAUCCCGUCACCUCGAAUACAAUCUUGGAAGGAAAUCCAUUACUUCAAAUUGAAGUGGAACCAACCUCCGAGAAUGAAGAGGGCCACGAUGAAGCAGAGGAGUCUGAGGAUGAAUUUGAGGAGAUGAACCUGUCGCUGCUCUCAGCCCGGAGCUUCCCUCGAAAGGCCAGCCAGACCAGCAUCUUCCUUCAGGAGUGGGACAUCCCCUUUGAGCAGCUGGAGGUCGGCGAGCUCAUUGGGAAGGGACGCUUCGGGCAGGUCUACCACGGACGCUGGCAUGGUGAGGUGGCCAUCCGGUUGAUUGACAUCGAGAGGGACAAUGAGGACCAGCUCAAGGCCUUCAAGCGGGAAGUGAUGGCUUACAGGCAGACGAGGCACGAGAACGUGGUACUCUUCAUGGGAGCCUGCAUGAGCCCACCCCACCUGGCCAUCAUCACCAGCCUCUGUAAGGGACGGACACUCUACUCUGUGGUGAGGGAUGCCAAGAUUGUCUUGGAUGUCAACAAAACCAGGCAGAUUGCUCAAGAAAUCGUGAAGGGCAUGGGCUACCUCCAUGCCAAGGGCAUUCUUCAUAAAGACCUCAAGUCGAAGAAUGUCUUCUACGACAACGGUAAAGUCGUCAUCACAGACUUUGGGCUCUUCAGCAUUUCCGGGGUGCUGCAGGCUGGCAGGCGGGAAGACAAGCUGCGAAUCCAGAACGGCUGGCUGUGCCACCUGGCCCCGGAGAUCAUUCGCCAGCUGUCCCCCGACACAGAAGAGGACAAGCUCCCUUUCUCCAAGCACUCGGAUGUCUUUGCUCUUGGCACCAUCUGGUACGAGCUCCACGCCAGGGAGUGGCCAUUCAAGACCCAACCAGCAGAGGCAAUAAUUUGGCAGAUGGGUGCAGGCAUGAAACCCAAUCUCAGCCAGAUUGGCAUGGGAAAAGAAAUCUCGGACAUACUUCUCUUCUGCUGGGCCUUUGAGCAGGAAGAACGGCCCACCUUCACCAAGCUCAUGGACAUGCUAGAGAAACUGCCAAAGCGAAACCGCCGCCUGUCGCACCCCGGACAUUUCUGGAAGUCUGCAGAGCUGUGACCAUGGACACGGGCCAGCAUAAGCUGCCUCGCCCCCAAACCGCCUCUUCCUCCCUGCUUUGCCUCCUGCCAUCGCAGGAGGCCCAGGCUCACCACCAGGGGGUCCCAAAACAGCUCAGCCUGGGAGACCUGUGAUGACACCGCGGAGGCUUCCCACACCUUGGACGUACACCCCUUUACUCAGGCAGGAUCAGGGACCACUGAGCUAGGAUCAAACUGAACCAGGGAGGGUCCAGCGCACGGCUGGAGAGCUGCGGACUGAACACACCUUCGGGCUGUGGAGACCCAGGUGCGCGGCCCCGCGGGCAGACUCACCCACCUCGCCAGCGUACAUGCGUGCGUCUACGUGUCCACAGGGCCACCUGCUUCCCUUCCGCCUGGACAAGCCUGCCCAGCUGUGGAGUGUCCCAGCUGUGCUAUCCCAGAAUGCAGGCCUCGGAUGGAACCAGAAACAACACACCUACUCCGCUCUGUCAAGACUCCCAGGGCAAGGUCAGGGUGGGGAGGGGGCAGGCUAAGCUUGCACACAUCUGUUUUUAGAGGGCCUGUUCCAAGCUGGAAGCUGCCAGUGGCCCUUGGUGUAUAGCUCUGAAGGACAGCAGGCAGUCCUGAGUGUCUUUUUAGCACAGAGCCUCUGUGGGGACCAGUCCCUCGGCUUCACCUUCAUCCUGUUUUGUAAGAACAUCGCUCUGACUCACCUCGUUGCCCACCCUGGGCAAUUGGAGGACACCAUAGCUUCUUAGCUGGUAUGACACCUGGAGGCCCUCUGUAGCUCACCAUCACUGUGGCUCCCCUGAAGUCUGAGUCCUGAGAUCUGGGGCUGUGGUGGGAGUGUUCUGGUACCUUCCCUCUGUGAUGCUGACAGUGCUGGAGUUGGUUAUAAUGGUGAAGAAUACGGGUCCUGGAUAUGCAGGUUGGGUUCUGUGGGUGUGCACACAACUGUUUACAGCAGUCUCCCUGUCUCUCACCUGCUGUGUUCCUUGUCAGGGAGGCGGGAGGAAAUGCCUAUGGAGAGGUCCCUGGUCUCUGCCCUCACCUGGUGCUGAAUCCUCUCAGUGGUUUCCCCACUCAGGACUCUGUGUCCCUGUGUCCCUCACCUACUGUGCCCACUCAGCCCCCCCCCCCCCAUCUCCCAUGCCUUUCUUCACAAGCCACCUGAGAUGGAGGCUGUUCUGGUCUGUGGUGGGCUGCACCCCAUCCCCUGCCACAGUAUCCUGCUUGAUGGAUGCCAAGAAUCGGUGGUACAGAGUGAAUGGAAUGGAGAGCCCCAACCCGAUGUCACUGGUCCAUGUCCCCAGCUAUCAGACGUGACAUGAGAGGGAAAGCUGUCCCCUAGCAGAGAACUAGCAGAGGUAGCCAGGCAGCGAAAUCCAGCCAAACGUGCACAAUUGUACCCUUCUUGGGUGGCCCUACUAGAUACACACCUUGGGGUCAAACAUGCUUCCAAGUCAGGAAGGUCAAUUGACAGUAAUCACACCCCCAGGGAGACUUACCCUACGACACCCUCAAGUCUUUGUAGGACCUUCUCGAGUCCCUUUGUAAAGCUCCUGCUGUCUAUACUAAGGGCCCCAGGUCCCCACGGCCCCACUUGAGUUACUCCUGUGUGAACGUCCCUCUCCUGGUGACACCAGUCUCCAUGACUCAGCAUCUGUGUCCCUUGGAGACAGCUUACAGACAUUUGCCCAUGCCCCAGGGCUCCAGUAUCACUGCAGUUCUAUACCCAUCUAACAUGCCCCCCUCUGAACCCAUCCCUGUGGCCAGGGCUGGGCUGAGACGUGCCCCAGCAACCGACUAAGCACCUCGUAGACCCUCCUUUCCCUCUCAUCUCAUUGGGACCUCUUUGGCCCAUGGACCCAGUCUUUGUCACAUGCCUUGGUAUCAAGGAAGAAGUAAGUAGGAAAGGAUAGGGCUGGGUAGGCCUGAGCCACUGGCAACCUGAAUUGUCCCCAGGAACUGGAACCCCCUCAUCUGCUUCUCCUGUUCGUAGCUAAAUGGCCCAGUGGGGACUGGAGAGGGACAGUUCUCCAUAGUCCUGGGUGCCCCAAGGAAGCCAGGAAAAGGUGUCUCUUCAGUAAGGAGUGAGCAGUCACCUGUCUCCCAGGGUUCUGUCCUGCUCUGAAUCUCAGGUCUGCGAUCUGUCAAGGAUGCAUAGACUUUAAAAAGGGAGUGUGGUGGCAAUCUGCCUGUAAUCCUGGCACUCUGGAGGCUGAGGCAGGAGGAUAACAAACUCGAGAACACAGGAUUCCUGUGGAUCUGUUUGUGAUUAAGGACUUGGAGGACACAGGGAGAAUCUCAGCCUUGCCGGCUCCUAUGCCACUCUUCCACUUACAGGAUCGGGGUCUCUUGGGUCUAGGUCUUCGUCAAGUGUCACCUGUCUUCACUCUUCCUGCCUCCCUCCCGACCUCCACUCCCACCGAGACCUGUGCCUGGGCUCCAGGCUCCAUCCCUCCCUAACUUCCCCCUCUACCUUCAUCUACCAGGCCCUUCAUGUGCAGACAUUUGAAUCCAGGGAUGAAGAAAUCCAAUCUCUUCCUUGAGGAAGCAUCUAGGGGAAGGUGUAUUCCUUCGCCCUGUGCAGAGACAAAGGGAAGAGAGAGAACCGUAUAGUAAGAUUCAUUUCCCCUCCCAACUGCUGGCCCAUCCAGCAGCUCUGUCUGUCCGGUGCCCCUUGUUCCAUCAUGCCAGCCACCCACUCCACUAACACCAAAAGGCUUCUAUCCCUACCCCACAUAGCAAAUCCCAAGAGACACAGGCUUCUGAGGGGGGGGGAAGUCCCUUCUAGUCUUGUGUGGGGACAUCUCCUUUGUCCCCACCCCCUGAGCUAAACAAGAAACUCCAAGUGGCCCCUUGGAUUAUUUUAUGUUUUUUUAUUCCUCUUACUAAUCAAAGCGGGGAGGGGGGCAAGCUUGCCAUGGUCUCAGGCCUCUUCUUCUCUGUAGCAGUCUUGAACUCUUGGCCACUGGAAAUCCUAGAUUUGGUGUUACUAGGUAGGUAGCUGCAUUUAGGAUGCCUAGGGCAGGAGGUGGGUAGAACACUUGCCUGACACACACAAAGCCUUGAGUUUCAUCCUCAAGGAUCACAUAAAACAUGUAUGAUGAUGCAUGCCUGAGUUCCCACAUGUGAAAGAGGUAGAGGCAGGAGGACCAGAAGUUCAAGGUCAUCCUUAACUAUAUAGUGAGUUUGGGACCAACCUGGACGACAUGAGAUGUUGUCAUAAAAAAAAAAAAAAUACUUUUUGUAAGUUCAGGAUUCUUGGCACCUCACACUCCAUGUUCACACACUGCAUGGAGUACAAACAUGCACAAAGCCAGAGCUCCCUAAUCUCCCAUACCCCUUGUCACAGUUGUAUGUGGUCAGCGAAGGCGCACAGACAAGCAAGUGCCAUAUGCUCAACCUGGGGCAGGGGAUCAAGCUACAGCCUGAAAAGUGGGUUUUACAGCCUUUGUAACCGAGGAUGCAAUUCAAAUUUUCCAUAGGUCCCAUAUUGGCCCCAACAAUGACAAUAUUGUUUGCAAGGAGAUCCUAUAGAGUCAAAAUAUAAUAUGGCUUGGUUUGCGGCCAGUUGGCUGGCCUACGAUGUAGUGGGCUAUCUUCCUGAUGGAUAAACCAACCAGAUUAGAAGGGACUGGGGGGGGGGGGGGUUCUGCUGCAGGAAACAGUCCACAGGAAGUGCAAAGGCUGACAGGGGACAGAUGGCUCCCUGACCCUGGAUGGGUGCUGUGCCUGCUAGGACUGUGAGUCAAGUCCUGAGGCUACUGUGUGCCCCAGGACAACUGUGGAUAUGACCCAAUACAAAAUUAUAAACUGACUUAAAACAUUAAGGGUUUUUGUUUUGUUGUUAUUGGCUUUUUUUGGGGGGGGUAUUCUUUUCCAUUCUUUUCUUUUUUUCUAACUCAAGUGUGAACUAGAUCACAGUAUCACACCCCAGAGUCAAAUCCCAGGACAGGAUGCAAGGCUAGCUAGAUUUCCAGGCUGCCUUGGUCAGCCAGGGACAUCAGCACAGACACAGGCUGGCUUAAGCGACAGAUCUGCUCAUUUUUCUCAGAUCUUCUUGCAAUCUCUUGUCUCUGGUGUCAUCUUCUAAGACCACUAACAAUGCUGCACUUCUCCUUGCUUAGGGCCCCACUCUCCUGACCUCUCCAAAGAUUCUUUCUGUGAGUGUGACAUUGGGGACUUCAACUGAUGUUGGGGAAAGAUUCAAUAUCAGUGUUCUGGGAAGUCUUUAUUCAGUCCUGCACCAAGACCCUGUGGGUUUUCAAUACCUGCAAGCCUCCCAACUCUAGCUUUUUGCUCCCACCCACUAGCCCCAAGCUUGAGUCCCCAUACAGUCCCUUCCUGUCCCUAUGCCCUGCCAAUCUUCAUUCCAUCCACCCACCCUCCUGGGGACUGGUUUUAUUCUAAGAGUGAUCAUCCUGGUAAAGCCAAGCCUCCCCUGCCCCUGUGCUGUCCUCCUUAGAAAUUCCCACAUGCAGAGAGGUUUUCCCCAGUGAAGAUUUAUGUUCUCACCAUCUUCCAGAUCUGAAGUCCGAAAACAAAGUGUCCUCAUGACCUACAUUCCUUGGCUUACAGAAGUAAGCCCCGAUGAUCUUCACCUUGCUCUCUACCAGCCACACUGAUCUCUUUGCAUCUCUGUUUUUCUGAGGCUCAUUUAAUGAGGACCCAAUCCUGUUGAAUCGGAGUGCUGUGUAUUAGGGUCCCCCCCUUGUGAUUGUAACCAAAUGCCUGAUGGAAACAGCUUAACAGAGGAACUACAUAUUUUUUGGCUCACGGUACAGGGGGCUCAGUCCAUAGCUUCCUGACUCUGUGUUCCCGGGCCUGUCUUGAGGCAAGUGUUCAUCAUGGUAGAAUGAGGGUGAGGAGAGGGAGUUUCUUCAUGGCAAACAGCAAGCAAAGAGAGCAAUACAGGAAGGGGACAGGGUAAGAUGUCUUAUUGCUGCUACCCAUUGGACUACUUUCUCCAGCUACGGCCUUUGAGCAUCACAUUGUGAAUCCGUCCAGGCACUUGAGUUAGGUCAGAGGUAUCAAAUGGCUUCCAGAAACUUCAUCACAGACACCCAGAGGAACUUCACUGAUCCCUUGAGAAGCGUUUCUUAAUUUUGUCCAGUUGGCAAUCACAUCCCUUUACUUGAGCGCAACCUCAUGUGAAGGAACACAUCUGCAUGACCCUGUUUCAGAUCAGGGCCCAUUCUGUGACCCUGGGACACUACUCAAAGCUUAGCACUUUUUUUAGUAACUCUCCUGUGUGUACAUAUCUCAUCUUGGUUCCUUUGUGGCAAACUCUGGGUCUCCUAGAGACAGAUUUCCCAGAAUCCCUGGGCCACUUCUCAAUCCUACUUAGGACAGACAUGUCCCUCCUCGAGUUUCCAUAGUCAUAGAGUUCAGCACAUGGGUGAUGAGAGUGGGCAGUGUAGAAGCACAAAUAAGGUCACUGGGAUAAGGAUCUAGAAAUAUCUGUGUAUAAAAAAAUCUAUAAGAAUGAAGAUCUAGACCAAGGAGAAUGAAUGGGUAAUGUUCCUUCCCCUGUUGCCCCUUCCUCUAACCUUGACAGACAUUUCUAAUCAAUUUCAGCAUAGCUUCCAACUACAGUCACAGAGCAUUUGUCACAUAAACCCUGAAUGUGACUUAUACAUGCUGAAAAAGGAAGGUAGGUUUUCCCAUAAAAUCUCCUCUGAUAAGCAAUGGUGGCUUAGAACUUACGUCUCAGAAUUUCCCAGAGACCCAAUCACUUGGGCUCUCCUUCUUUCCAAUUAGGGAAUUUGGCAAACUGGAAAGGUUUCUUUCCUGAUAACCCUGUAGCUGAUACUAUACUAAAUUAUUCUCUUGGAUGGCUUUCCCACCACAAAACACCUGGGCUGUGAGGCCCUGAAGAUGGACACCUGGACAGACAGCUGCAUAUAUGGGUGGCAUGCUGGGAAACAAGAAGGAGUUCUGCAGCUUUGCCAGUAAAGUCAGGAUGUGUGGCAUACAGUGUUGAGAGCAAGGAAUCUGACUCCAACUACUUACUGGUCUCUUCCCCACAUGGGAGGCUCAAGUUUCUACCCAAUGACCUCUGGGGUCCUAGGGAAUCCCAAACUCGCUCUACUUCUGAACUCUUAAAAUGCCACUGAUAACCAGAUUAGUGACCAAUAGGACCCUUACAUGGGCCAUCUCCUUGGUCUCCUACCCCAUUCCAUCUCUUGUCCAUGUGUUGAGAAAGAUUGAAAAAUAGCCACCACAUACUUAAAUUAGAUCUUCAGACCAGGGCCCCUCUCCAUGGAGCUUUUAGACAUUGUUUAUGGCUACGUGAUCCAUUGUGGGUCCUUUGGUUUGAAAGUCUGAUAAUUCAAAUCAAAGCUUAGUUUUUCUUUUCUCCCAUUUUGAAGGAAAAAUCUAGCUUGGCUAUUUCUUCAUGUUUUAAAAAUGGCUUGACUUCUCUUGAUAACCAACUUCAGGUGCCAGGAUAUGAGAAAUGCUAGGUCCAGGGAUGCUAGAGGUGAUUCUAUUCAGUGAUAGGCAAUGCCCAGGAAAUAGCUAAUCAUGGAAAUAGAUGUUUGUGAUAUACAGAAGGCUGGGAGUGGAUGGAGGGGACUCACAGGGGUGUGGGCAGUGGUCUAGGUAAAGAGGAGAAGCUGAAGGAAGAGGAGGGGCCAGGAAGGUCAGACUUGGUGCUGUUGACCUUGGACCCAGUCAAUUCUUGGGUUUCUGUUGUUACCCAGGAUAGCCUCAAACCCUUGAUCCUCCUAUCCCUGGUGGAGACACAGCCACUGAACAGUGUGAUAGUAUGUGACUGCUCUGUUCCUGGUCUGGGUGUAGCUGAUGGAAAGUUCUCUGUAUCGUGCCUCUAGUCAGAUCCAGGAGAUCCAGUGGCCCAGAAUUGGAGGAGGAGACAGAGGGGGAGGUGGGCAUUGCAAGAGAUUGGCUCUUGGAAAGCACUUUGGAAUUUGACACACAUGGCCACCAACACCCCCAAGGGAGGAAUCUGGGUCACCAGGACUCUGUCCCCUGAGGGUCCAACACCCCAUAUCCACCCUGCCCAAGGUGGGACAUUGAAUGUCCAUGGGUGUCUCUGCUGUACAUAGGCCAGUCACAAGCCCUUCUCCUUACAGCCUGAUCUUGUCUGAUUUUGUUUCUUCACCACGCUCACCUGCCUCCUCUUAAGGCAGUGCUCUGAUGUGUCAGUCACCUGACCCACAGACCCAUAUGGAUACACUAGAAAGCCCCACCACAGGUAGCCUUGCCACGUUCUCUCUCUCUCCAAAUGGCCACUGGAGUAUUGACAUCAAAGACACACAGGAACAUGGAGAUGUAUUGAUGGAAAGACCCUCCACAACUCACAUAAUUCUCCAGAGAGAUAAUGAAUGUCAUGGGCAAAAGGUUGAUUUGUUAUCAAAGAGGCUGACAAUGACCCAGACUGAAUCUGUACUGAAGCCUAGAGUGUAGGAGAGAAUGCAGGAGCUUUGUUGGUAGAGUAGGGUUUCUUCCAUUCCCAUAAGUAUCUGUACGGGCUUGAGACAUGGAAAACAGCACCUUGGCCAACUAUAGAACUCCCUGGGGUUGAGGGUGUAAAUGAAUGGGGUUCACAGCCCUGCUUCAAGUUGAUUCACCUUACAAUUCUCCCGCCACUUCCUCUGGCUGACUGUGACAUCAGCAACAAGUCCUCAGCAUCCUUGGCUCUUCUGGAGCAUACUUUAGACCUUCUUAGCUUUGUGAAGUCCUUAGCACUUAAUAUGUUGCUGGUCCCAUGUAGAUGGCUGCAGUUAAUCAUCAGUGGUUCCAUAAUGUCCAGGUCUCUGGCAUUUCAGCACCCAACUGAAUCUCUCACCCUAAUGUGUAUCUCUCAGGGUAUCCCUGGGCACAUGUAGCUGAAAUAGAGAGGCGGUGGGUAUCUCCCACCCACGUAGAUGUUGAUGGCCUGGGGACUGUGAACAGGGACAGCUGGGUCUCCUAAGGAAUAGCUUCCAGAUACAGGGUGUUGGCAUCUACCAGAGGGAACUGAGAAGCCUCCAGAAAGACCCUUCCCUAAUCACCAAGGCCUUUGUAGAAGCAGGAACUCUCCUUCUUCCUGUCCCACAGCCCCGAGGUCAAAGCGAAGAGCAUCACCCGGAGCACACAAGUCUGUCUCCACAGGCAAGCAGCCUGGCCACAGCAGGACAGACUCUGCAGCCCAGGAUGCCACUCCAGACAUGUUCCUACAUCCCUGACCCGAAGUGAUCUUUCUAGGGGUCUGUCACAUGUCCCAACAGGCGGAAAGCUCUCCCAAGUCACCAACCGGAGGAAAAUCCCUCAUUGUAAAAAAGGCUUUCUUUGUAAAUUAUUCUGUUGCCUUUUUCUAAACACAAAGUAUAUAUACCUAUAAAUGCUAUAUAUAUUAUAUAUAUGUACAUAGAUAUAAAGACUAAUUCUUGUACAGCCCUCUGCGGACCUCAGGCCCACUGUUUUCUCCAUGUCUGUCUGUACUGACUGUUGCAGACUGAGCUGAUGUAUGACCUUGGUUUUCCAUUUUCCUUCUGGACCACUGUAUCUUCCUUUCCCUUUCUAGAUCUGUCUUGUUCUCUGUCUGUCUCACUCAUUGCCAACAUGUUGCUGGGAAAGAAUAUUUGAUUUAGAUGCCAUCCAAGAAAGCAAGUGGGAUAGAUGGAUGGGUGAAUGGAUGGAUAAAUGAAUGGAUACCUACAUAGAUGGAUGGAUGGAUGGAUGGAUGGAUAAGGGAUGGAUGGAUAAGUUGUUGGGUAGGUGUGUGGAUACAUGGACAGGGUGAUGGAUGAGUAUGUGGGUAGACUGAUGUAUUGGUGAGUAUGUGGAUAGGUGAGUAGAUGGUGUGUGAGUAGGUAGAUAGACAGAAGUUUGGACAAGUAGAAGAAUGAAUGGAUGGGUGUGUAGGUGGAUGGAUGGAUGGAUGGAUGGAUGGAUGGAUGGAUGAAUGGAUGGGUGUGUGGAUGGGAAGAUGUGUGAAUGAGUGGUUAGACUGAUGGAUGUGUGGGUUGGUAAGUGGCUAGAUGAAUGGGUGAGUGGGUAGGUAGAUAGACUGAUGGAUGGGUGAGUGGAUGGUUGGAUAGAGGAUAGAGGAAUGGGUAGAUUAUUGGAUGGGAAGGUGGGUGGGUGGAUGAGUGGAUGGAUAGCUGGAUGGAUGGGCAGAUGGGUGGGUGGAUGGUCCACUGUGUAUAUUUGUAUAGAUCAUUUAUAACGUUUUCUACACUUCUCAAUAAAGUAUUUCUAACCUGGGCUGUUGGACAGUCUGUGAGCCUAUGAGCCACAAGCCUGGUGUUUCCUGUGUUUAGUGCACUGUUUAGUGAGAAUCCAAUGUCUGAGUUAUUUAUGCCAAUAAAGAAUUUGAGAAUUACUGCA